AUGGCCAAGAAAGGAGGAAAGAAGAACAAGAAGGGCAGCAAGCCCGCGGCCGUUGCCGCCGUAGACAACGUCAAGGACGUGGUUGAACCCGAUCACGAAACUGUCGACGAGACCAACCAAACCGAAGGCCAGACUGAGACCGUUGAGCAGACGGAGGCGCUCGAGACUGCGACACAACCUACCGAGGCCGUCGCUGAGCCCAUCAAGGCGCCUGAGGCCACCCCCGCGACCGAGGCCCCCGCAACUGAGAUUCCAGCUGUGGCGGAGACCAAGGAAGUGGAGACCAAGGAGGCUGUGAAGGCCGAGGAGGCUCUCGCGACAGAGAGCAAGGGUACAGUGGAGGAGGCUGUGGAGAAGGCGCAGGCCUCCAAGGCCGGUCAGUUGGGUGAAUUGGAAGGUGGCGCUGCCGCAGGCACUGCUAUCCUCCCAGAGACGAUCACCAAGGAGCCCGCUUCCUUGGCCGCGACCGGCAUUCCCGAGACACUGGUCGAGCGCCCCAAGACUGCGGAGUCAACCGACGUCCCUGCUGUCGUUGCGCCCGCGCCCAUUGCCGUUCCCGCCGAGACCGAAUCAACCGACAUCCCUACUGUCGUUGCGCCCGCGCCCAUUGCCGUUCCCGCCGAGACUGAAUCAACCGACAUCCCUACUUUCGUUGCGCCCGCACCAAUUGCCGCCCCCGCCGAGACCGAGUCAACCGAGGUCCCUACUGUCGUUGCGCCCGCACCAAUUGCUGCCCCCGUCGAGACCGAUGCCGCCCACCCCAAGCGCCCGUAUGAGAAGCCCAUCUUCAACAACGAGGAGAACUUGAAGCCCCACAAGAUGCCCAAGACCAACGAGGAGGCACUCGCCCCUAGUGUGGCGGAGGACAAGAAGACCAUCGAGACCUUGGCCGGUGCUGGACCCGCUUCCACUGCUGCAUUCACAACCCCUGAGCCUGUGCCUGUCCAGGCUGAGGCACCCAAGCUUGCCGAGACCCCUCAGAUCGCUGAGGAGAAGGUCGAGACUCCUGUGGUUGCCGAGACCCCCAAGGUUGCCGAGGAGAAGGUCGCUGAGACUCCUGUGGUCGCCGAGGCACCUAAGACUGUUGAGGAGAAGAAGGUCGAGGCACCCAAGGUUGCUGAGGACAAGAUCCCCGUCGAGUCUGCCCUCAAGACCAUCCCUGCUCAGACCAGCGCCGGCAAGUCUGCCUCCUCUCCCAUCGCGGUCGCCGCCGCGAACGCUGCCAUUCUCUCUUCCAAGGGUGACAAGGCUGCUGCCCCGGUUGUUGCCAAGGAGGCCGAGCUUAAGAAGCCCGAAGCUGCCCUUAAGCGUGGCGAGGAGCCAAGGCCUAAGGCUGAGGAACCUCAGCCUGAGACCAAGGCCGAGCCUGUCAAGGAGGAGGCUGGCAAGGCCCAGCAAGAGACUCAGAAGACAUCUGAGCCCUUAGCAGAGCAGGCCGAGAAGAAGAAGGGCGGAUUCAUGUCCUGGUUGAAGCGCAAGUUCAAAUGA